AUUCACUUUUUAUCUGUGUUGUUCAAUUUCUUUUUACAUUCGUUUUUAUAGCGGUACACAGUACGUUUUUUUUAAAAGUUUUAUCUCCCUGGCGUUAAGCACUCGAUUCCCAAGUAUGCAAAACCUUUGCAAAACCGAACUGCUUUUCGGCACGUUGUUGUGCAAGACCAAGGCCAUUAACCAGCAGCCGAUCAGAUACACCAGGAAGCCCAGAUGGUUGCCGAAAGCACCGACGAAAAUGUUUCGCGUACCCGUUCGGCCGCGAAUCGCCGUUGAAGAAAAGAACGAAUUGUUCCAACUGUUCACCAACUACCGGACCACCAUGAAGUCCAUACAGAAACAGUUAGAAACCGAGAUGGAAACAUCAUUCACGGGUCAUGAGGUGUUGCAAGAAAUCGCAAACAAGGAAGAAGCGUUGUGGUUGAAAUGCAUAGCCAUCAAUGAUGAAUGGAACACUGAAGUGGCUAUGGCCAGAGACAAAAGGAUGGCUAUAGAAUGUGAAGCCGAGCGAGAAAUCAUCUUGGCGCGGUUAAUUGAAACCGAAGAGCUAAAGAAGCUAAAACAUGAAGAGAUUGAGCAAAUUAUCAGACUAGAAAAAGAAAAAUCAAAAUCUUAUAUUACCGCUGACAACAUAGAUGAAGCUAUUAAAAAAGCAUUAGAUAAUGUGGUUGAUCACAAUUAUGCUUUGGAUUUAGAGGGUAAUAUUUGCCAUGGCAACAGUUUAAAUAAACAAUUUUUAGGAAAAAAUUCACACCGAGUGCAAAUUGGUUCAAUUAACUAAUUAUGUAUUCAGUUUACUUAAUAUUAUAUGUAUAUAUUUUUUUUUAUUAAGAGUUACAUUAAAUUGUUAGAACAUUUUUUUUCAUUUAGUUGCCUAAUUGUAAUGAACAUUGUCCUGUGAUGCUAUGACCAAUAAGAAUGUUAGCUUAAAUUGUUGCUUCAACUUUUUUUUAUAAAACUAUGUAUUUAUUUUUUUUGUGUAUUACAAGUAUGGACUAGUUGAUGAAUUUCUGGAAGAAUCACACUUGGAAUAGUUGUUGAUUUGAUCACUAUCAAUAUAUUCAUAUUUUGUUGUAUUAUUUCAUUAAAAUUGUCUUCAAUUUUA